AUGGCUCAUACCACCUUCCCCUCCGACAUCCCUCGUCCAGAAGACGACGGAGCAUGCGACCAUCUCACCGGCCUCCAAUUCCCCUCUGUCUCCCUCCCCUCCACAGCCGGCAACUCAGUCGACCCAUCAAAACUCUCCAGCCUCACAAUCCUCUUCUGCUACCCCCGCACAGGCGCCCCCAACGAAACCAUUACAGACGAAUGGAACUCCAUCCCAGGCGCCCGAGGCUGCACGCCGCAAGCCUGCAGUUUCCGCGACGCGGCCGACGAAUUCCUCACUUAUGGCGUCUCGCACAUCUUCGGCGCGAGCACGCAGGACACGCCUUACCAGCAAGAAGUCCGCGAGCGCGUCCAUCUCCCUUACCAGCUGUUGAGCGAUGAGAAGUUGGAGAUGCAGGAGGCGCUGAAUUUGCCGACCUUUGAUUGGCAGGGGAAGAAGCUCAUCAAGCGAUUGACGUUGGCGAUUGAGGAUGGGGUGAUUGUGAGGGUGUGGUAUCCUGUUUUUCCGCCGAACGAGAGUGCGAGUGAGGUUUUGAAGUGGUUGAGGACGAAGCCGGAGAGGAGGAAUCUUUCGACGAGGGAGGAGAAUGAGACAAUGAGGAAUUUGCAGCAUCGUUGA